AUGUUCAAACUGUGCAUCUUCGCCAUCAUCUUCGCAGUUGCUUGUGCAGCUCCAGCUCCUGAACCCAAGGCCGAGCCUAAAGCAGACCCCAAAGCUGAUCCGAGCCUGAUCGCUGCAGCCUACACUGCUCCACUUGUAGCGGCUGCUCCAGCAGUGGCCUACACUUCAGCCUAUUCUGCUCCUUUGGCCUAUGCUAGUUAUGUGUCGCCCUCUAUCUAUGCUGCUGGAUAUCCCGCAUAUUCUCCAUACACUGCACCCUACGUUUUAGUCUGA